UGUUGUGUUCAAGCAUCUCUGACUGAUUAAAUCAAGUGGAACUGUUUGUGUUGCCUUUUGAGCUACCGCACUUUGAAACCACGAUUGUUGUAAUUACCUCGUCACAAAUUAAAAUUAAAUAUUUACUUUUUAGUGAGAGUAAAAACAAACUCAAUGCAGAGCUUUGUUCUGGGAUAAAAACAAGGAAUAGAAAAGGACAACAAAUCUGUUCCGGAACAGCGAAAACUCGUUCCGUUCCGUUCUAAGAAGAAGAACAAAAGUGAAACACGAUCCGCGAAACUAAAUCCUGAUUCAAACCUUACAUGAUAUACACAUAAACAUGGAUCAAAUGAUUGCUGAUUUCGCUAAUUUAAUGAUUCCUUUGAUGUUACGAAACGUUUUGAAUCAGACAAUGAGUGGAAUAGAGCAGUCACUUCCAGGACCGAGACUACAAAGAAAUCAAAACUUGGUUUUAGGUAGUCGCGGACGUCAUAGAGGGAGACAUCCGAACAGAUUCGUACAUGGAACUUUACGACAUCGUUGUCUCAAUUUUCUCCCUCGCAAACGUCGCAUCCGUCGACAUCGUGCAGGGAGAAACCAUUCAAGACGUCUUCUUUAAGUCAUUCUUUCAUUUCAAAAAUUAAACAAUAAAAAAGUUUCAACUCAUGAAUUCGUUACAAAAGAAAUGUAUGAAGUGCUUUUAUAGUUUUCUGAUAUCUCAUUGAAAGACGUGAAGAUUUCAUGUAACAAAUAAAUUCGUGAAGAUUAAAUGAAAAUGUUUGCUGCAAUAAAACGAAUUUAAUUAGAAGAUCCAGAAAAGCC